AAAUCAGUAUACACAAGAUAUUAAUGAAAAUCAAUCACGUUUAAGUACAUUAUUACAUAAAUGUGAACAAUAUAAAGAUGAUUUACAAAAAUCGGAAAAUCAACGAUCAGAAAUGCAAAUGAAAUUUGAUACAUUUGAAGAACAAUUAAAAAAUGAUAAAUCGACUAAAAAACAAUUACAAACAAAUUUAAAUACACUUGAAGAAGAAUUAGCUGAACUUAAAAUCACUUGUGCAAAUUUAGAAAAGGCAAACAAUGAACGAAAAUUAAAAUAUGAAAAUGAACGUAAACGAUGGCAAGAUGAUGUAGAUGAACAAAAAACAACCUAUGAAAGCGAAUUAGAUGAAUUACGAGCGAAAUUACGUAAACAACGAACAAAUGAUAGUUUAACAAGUAAUCAAGAAAUAAGUCGAAUUGAACAAGAUUUAGAACGAGAAUGGCAAGAAAAACUUGAUCGACAACAAACACAAAAUGAACGUUUAUUAGCAUUAAAAGGAAAAGAAUUCGAACAAUUGAAAACGUUAUUUGAUGAAAAUGAAAAUAAAUUAACACAAGCAAAUGAAGAGUUAAAUGAAUCAAAACAACAAAUCGAAGCUUACGAAGAACGAUUUGAAAAACUUCAAGAACGACUUGUAUUAAUGAAAGAAAAAAUCAUUGAAAUGAAUGAUGAACAACCACAAUUAAUCAAUGAACAAGUUAAACGUGCUAUUAAUAUUAUUUUUCAACGUUUAAAAACUCGUAUUCGUCCAACAAAACAAUAUAGUGGUGAAGAAUUUCUUUCUCGUUCACUUGAAAUCAUUAAAAAAGCAACAUUAAAAGUCAUAUCAAAUGAUGAUAAUGAUAACGAUAAUGAACCAUCAUCCGAUGAUAUUGAAUCCGAUGUUGAAAAUGAUCAAGUUCAAACAACAGAUAAUAUUGAAAAAAAUGAUCAACCAUCAAAUGGUAAUUCAGUUGAUCAAGUUACAUUAAAUGAAGAAAUUACAUCAGUAACAAUAAAUGAAAAUGAAAAUAUUCAAUCAAUAGAAUCUGAUACAACAUCAGGAAAUAGUCAAAAAAAUGGGUGGGAUACGGUUGAUGAUUUUCAACAAGAAGAAAAACCACAAUCGGAAGAAACACUUGAACAAAGUCAAAUGGUUUUAGUAUCAGAAGAUACAACUUCAUCAGUCAAUGACACGGAAACAACGUCACCAUUAGAUUCUACUAUUGAGAAUAAUGAAGCAACUUCACCAUUGAAAACUGUCGAACAAGAACAUGAUAGUGAUGGUAGUGCUGAUACAGUUGAACAAAAUGAUAAAGAAUCACCACCAGAAAUAGAAAUACCCGAAGAAAAACCUUCAAGUGAUAAUGAAGAAGAUGAUGAUGACGAAUUAUUUCAAUCAGCUCGUCCAUCUGUUCAAGACAUUCCUGCACUAGCAACCAAUACCCAAACAACUGCAGCUCCAAGAUAUAAAUUCAAUGAAAACAUUCCAUUAAUGACAAAUCCAGAUGAUUCAGAUGACGAAAUGUUUAAAUAA